ACAGGUAAAACAACACACCUGAGCGCUGAAGCAGGAAGAAAUCAGACGAAUGGGGUUCUCAGGACAUCUUUCGACAGGAGACCCGUGAAUUUGAAUGAAUUCCAGUGAAAAGAAACAACGAUAAGCGAUUUAUACCAGUCAAUUCGGCUGACACUACAGCUGAAGUGGAUUGGAGUGAUUUUGAGGACUGUAUGCGCAAGUAUAUCAGGGUCACUUUAAAUCCAUCAGAAAUGGGUUCGUGGUGUUUUCGUUUCGCGUGCUUACUUUUUAUUGUAGGUGUUUAUGUCGGAGAAACCCAGAGCGAGAUGUCCGACCAACAGUGUGUAAACGCAUUCAUGGAAGGUCGGGAAGACUUUGUUUUGGACACGGAAGAGUCGAUCAAGGAUGGGGCGGUUUUCCUGGCGAACCCGGGCGUCGAGGACAGUAUCGCGUGCACUGUCGCGUGCUGCGGGCAUCCCAGAUGCAACUUGGCCUUCGUAGAGCAAGGAAACGAGAAGGGCUGCUUUCUCUUCAACUGCAUAUACAAGGAUAAAUAUGUCUGCAGAUUUGUUCAUAAGGAGGGGUUUAAAAAUUAUGUAUUGGAUUCAGUCUAUGACAACUACCUGAACGGCCGCAAAACUGAUAAGAAGGACAAAGCUCCCAUUGCCAAUGCUGGACGAGAUGUGGUGGUCCAGCCUCAUGAAGAGGUGUUUCUGAAUGGCAUAGAGAGUUGGGAUGAUGGGAAGAUCGUAAAAUACGAAUGGAGCCUCAUCCGUGGAGAUGAAUCUGUCAAGAUGGAGAAAACUGAUUUUCUGGACCAGUUAAGGGUGUCCAACCUGAUGCCUGGGCUGUAUGAGUUCAAACUGACCGUGACGGAUUCAGCACACCAUUCUGAUUCAGAUCAAGUUUCUGUCCUGGUUCUCACCUCUGAGCAAUCUGAGCGUAACUGUUUGACCCCUAAAAAGGCGGGACCCUGCAGAGGUGCUUUCCCUCGUUGGCAUUACAACGCUGCAUCCAGCAAGUGUGAGCAGUUCGUCUUUGGAGGGUGUAAGGAGAAUAACAACAACUAUCUCUCCGAACAGGAGUGUUUAAAUGCCUGUAAAAACAUCACAGUAAUCCCUGGUGGAGAUUCGAGAAAGGUGACUGAGGAAGAAUGUUCUACUCUUUGUGGAGAAGAGCAGUUUAAAUGCUCCAACGGCUGCUGUGUGAAGAAAGAGUUUGAGUGUGAUGGACAUCAGCACUGCAAAGAUGGUUCUGAUGAGAACAGCUGUGAGCAAUUGAAUAAAAGCCUGGGUCGACUUCUUGAGAUUGGGGUGAAUGAAAAAGCCCACUGCACAGAUCCUCCUGACACGGGCCCAUGUCGAGCCAGCUUUACUCGCUGGUACUAUGACCCUCUCAACAAAAAGUGUCAUCGCUUCAUCUUUGGUGGCUGUGAUGGCAAUGAGAACAACUUUGAAACAACAGACAAAUGCAUGAGCAACUGCUCAGGUGUCACAGAAAAAGACGUGUUUGCCAGAGGAUUGUUUGCAAGGGUUGAUGUUGGCCUUGGGGAAAGCCAGUCAGCUUCUGUUGCCCUGGCUGUGGUGUUGGUCGUGGGCAUCUUGGCCGUUCUGGCUGUGCUGGGUUACUUCUUCCUCAAGAACAGGAGAAAAAAACAUCAGCAUCAGCGCGUGGCCACCAGCAGUCCUCCAGUGGCUUUGGGUGAAGAAGACCAACAGAUGGUCUACAACAGCACCACUGCCAAAGCAUGACACCAGCAUCUUUAAAACAUUAUGGUCUGCCACUCCGCUCUACUGUAGGCUGGCUGCAGUGUAGGACGGGUCAUAUGAAUCAUUCCCUUGUCAAAAGUACUCAGUUACAGGUUUCUGACCUUAACCUGAAGCCAUAUUACAAGUUUAGUCACUGAACCAGGUCUUUUUAUCUCAGGUCUUAAUGAUCAAGGUGUUUCUUUUUAAUGUGGAUAAUUAGUAUGUUAUGUUACAUUGAGACUCAAGUGUGUGUUUGUGAAAUGGCACGAGUGAGUUUGUAAAGUAGAUAUUGGAUUUUUAUCAUUCCUUAAAAAUAGUCUUCUACAAUCAGAGAAUUUUAUAUUCAGGUUUUAUAAGCAUGUGACAAAAGAUAUUGUAAUAGUCUUUUUGUUUUAUUUGUUAUUCACAAGCUGUAUUUAUCAUUCUGAAGAUUGUUGAUGGGAGUAGAAUUUCUUAUCUAUAUUAAUAAUUCUGUAACAUUUUUAAUUGCAUUAUUUUUUCAUGGUGACAAUUUAUUGUUUAUAUGUGGAAUAUUUGUGAGAUGAAUUGUAUUAUUUGUCCCACAAAACCAUGAGUUCUUGUUGCACUAAAUGUAAAAUGUCUGCCAGCUUUUCUCUAAAGUGUUUAUUAAAGAGAACUUCUUAAUA